AUGGCAUCCUCCAUUAGAGCCAAUUGUCGCAAGAUUAUGUGUAUCGGCCGUAACUACGCCGAUCACAUUGCCGAGCUGAACAGCGCGACUCCCAAGCAACCAUUUUUCUUCCUCAAGCCUGCCUCCUCAAUCCUUACCCCCGGCGCUGGCCCCGUCCUCCGCCCCAAGGGUGUUAGUCUGCAUUAUGAGGUGGAAUUAGGUCUCGUGAUUGGCAAGACCAUUCGCGAUCUGGACCCAGAGGAUGAGAAGUCCGCAUUCGACGCCAUUGAGAGCUACGUGCUCGCUAUUGACAUGACCGCCCGCAAUGUGCAAGACGAAGCUAAGAAGAAGGGUCUCCCCUGGUCCAUUGCUAAGGGAUUCGAUACUUUCCUCCCCAUCUCCGAAGUCAUCGCCAAGUCACGCAUUCCUAACCCCCACGAUGCCUUCCUCCGUCUCCGUGUUGGCGAUGUCGAGCGCCAGGCUGACUCCACCAGCCUGAUGCUGCACCGCAUCCCUAAGCAACUUGCUCAGAUCUCCCGUGUUAUGACCUUGGAGAAGGGUGAUAUCGUUCUGACUGGUACCCCCAAGGGUGUCGGUGAGGUCAAGGCCGGUGAUGUGAUGCAUGCUUCGAUCGAGGUUGAUGGUAAGGAGAUUGAGGAGGGUCGCAUUGUGGUUGAGGUGCAAGACAGUCAGAGCCGCUAUGAGUUCAAGGAGACCUAA